CAAAAACUCAAAAACGUCAAAAAUACGACGAUUUUCGACGAUUUUAAAGUCGAAGUCCAAUUUUGCUAAUGUUUUUCUAAUAAAUCUUAAUUUAUAAAUGAUUUACAUUAUUAAAUAUCACUCCAUACAAUCUUGUUAAUACUAUUUUAAGUCAGUCAUAAGAUCAAGUCAACUCUAUUAUUUCGUAAAUAAUAGCAUUAGGUUAUAAUGUACUUUAUCGGUUAGAUAAUUGCGGAUUAUGGCUGGUUUUGGUGAUUUCAAUAGUUAUAACCGUCCUUACGGGUUGGAUCCUAACAGGGAAACAAAUGACUUGUAUGAUACUCGCUAUCAGCAAAUAUAUGGAUACCACACUCCUUUAACUGAGGAAUAUCAAGGUCCACCUUUGGUUAUGGACGAAGUCCCCGAAGAAGAAAGCAAUGCCUAUGUGACCACUGCAAUAAGUGUUGCCAGUCUUAUUACAGAAAAUCUGUUGAGCCAUCCAUUUAUAGUGUUAAGGCGACAAUGCCAGGUUCACAACAGUUUGAAAAACUACCAUAUAGUGCCAUAUACACUGUUACCAGUGGUAGUAAGGCUGCACAGACGGCAAGAUUUCACCACACUUUGGAAAGGAAUAGGAUCCACAUGUAUUGUCAAGGGGCUCAACUUGGCAGUAGAGGAUGUUAUAUCUAAAGGCACAGGGUGGCCAAAGGAUAUUGGAAAAUGCAGUUCAGUUCUACAAUUUCUUCAACAUUUAACAUUAAAAUGUAUCAGUGUGGCUAUAGUCACUCCAUUCUACUCGGCUAGCCUUGUGGAAACAGUACAAAGUGAUAUAGCCAGUGACAAGCCCGCCAUACUGGAUGUGUUCAGAGAGGGAUUCCUGCGCAUAUUGGAAUGGGGAACUCCAAGUCGAGGUAGAAUGCUGCCAAUAUGGGCUAUAGUACUGCCCACUGCUGCACUUGGAAUUACAAAGUAUUUUGCUCACAUGUUAUUGAGAAAAAUAACAGUAAAGGUGCUCAGAUUCCAGCAGAGGCAUAGAUAUGAAUUGAGCGACUCAUAUAAUAUUAAUAAUACAAAGAAUGGACAAAAUCCACUCAUUGAAGACAUGAAUCUAAAAGCAAAUAUAUUUGCGUUCAUAACUAUGGAAAUUAUAUUUUACCCCAUUGAGACAAUAAUCCAUAGACUUCACAUACAGGGAACAAGGACAAUAAUCGACAACUUGGACACGGGAACAUCAGUUACCCCAAUAUUAACAGGAUACGAAGGGUUCAUUGAUUGCUAUAACACAACCAUUGCUAGAGAAGGCAUAGGCGGCCUUUACAAGGGUUUCGGUGCACUGGUGCUACAGCUUGCAGCUCAUCUGGCUAUUAUUAAAAUCACAACGCUGAUUGUAUCCGAGAUGUCAAACCUUCUAAAACCAGCAAACUCUCCGACUAAUUCAGAGGAAUCUGCUCAUGUACAACAAAAAUAUUUAUUUAAUUGAUUCUAGUUUGAUGUAUGGGGUUGAAUAAUUAUUAGUUGAUAACAUGUCAGUUAUUAUUAUUAUUAACAUGUCAGUUGAGCACACAGCUGUGGGAAUUCAAACUUUUUAAACUGUUGAAGAGAAGAAGAAUGGUUUACAUUCAAGGGUUACUUUGUUUUAAGAGUAUAUAGCAUUAGGAGUAGUCCAAGUAUAGUACCAACAUCAUUAUCAACCCAUAUUCAGCUCAGCUGAGCUCUGCUGAGCUCGAGUCUCCUCUCAGAAUGAGAGAGGUUAGGCCCAUAAUCCACCACACUAGCCCAAUGUGGAUUGGCAGACUUCACACACGCAGAGAAUUUAAAAAAUUCUUUGGUAUGCCAGUUUCCUUACAAUAUUUGUUUCCUUAUCAUUUUUUUAAAAAACACACUAAACUAAAAUUUGAAGGUGUAUGCCCGGGACUGGAUUCUAACCCACACUCUCAGAAUAGAAGGCAGAGGUCAUAUCCAUCCAGAGGCUAUCACAGCUAUAGCAUAAAAUUAGUAAAUUCCUGAAAUUUAAAUCACAUUUCAAAGUUGGAUGUUUACAGAUUCUUUAGUAAAUUUUCGGUUACUGUCCUUUUUUUUCUAAAUUCAAUAGUUGCAAAAUGCACUUUCCAAAUUUGGCUGAUAUAUCCAAAUCUUAAUAUAUGAAUGUGUUGCAUUCAUCACAAAAACCACUUGACAUAUUUAGAUGAAAUUUGGCAGGGAGGUAGCUUAUUAUUAGUUGAUGUCCGCUAAGAACAGAUUUUGCGAUAGGGCCAAAUUAAGGAGGUCAAAGGGUGGACGAAGUUGCAGGUGUCUGCUAGUCAUACAUAUUUAACUUUGGCUUGAUUUAUGAUAUAAUUUCAUGUAUAAGAUCACCCUCAUGAGGGUAAAUCAUAAGCUUAGCAUUAUUUAUGAUAUAACAUCAAUUUAUAUAAUUAUUGUUUAUAGCAAUUAUUCCGCAAUUAAAACUGAAUUUAUGUUUUUUUAAAAAAUUCAUUUCUAUUUUACUAACCAUUAAGUUAUUUUUAUAAUUUCAAUAUAUAAGUAGUGUCACCAUAACACAGAAACAGCAUGCAAAAUUUAUAAUUUAAAGAAAGGGGUUUAAUUUUAAUACCUACAUACUAACACUAAAAUACAAAUAUAAAUCUACUAAUACAGAAAAGUUAUAGCUUGCAUAGAAACCGCUAAUAAUAAUUUUAUAUAUUAUGGAUAUAUUAACUAUAGCAAAUACUAGAAAUCUCAAUAAAUAUAUAUUAAUAUUGCCCACACCUGUGUACCCAAAUGAGGAAAAUUAUAUUUGUGUUGAAAUAAUAGUUACCAAAUUCAGGAUUUAGGAGUAUCUCAAUUGUUCAAUAAAGCUGUGUUGAAAAUCUUCAUAUAAUUUAUUACUGAGAGCACUUUUAUUCUAACUGGGAGUUUAAACUGCUGUAGUAUAAAAUUAUCUCUAUUACAUUUUCCGCUUAGAUAUAAGGAAACUGAAGUUGAAAUAAAACACUGUUUAUUUUA